AUGAAGAGUCACCGAAACGAUCCGAACCCUUUUGACGAAGAAGAACAAGAAGUCAAUCCAUUUUCGAAUGGCAGUGCUGCUCCUGGAUCGAAGUCACGAUUUCCUAAAAUGGUUGCUGAUACAUUGGGUUUUGGUCAGAAACACGAUGCUACUGUGGAUAUACCAUUGGAUACUAUGAAUGAUCCUAAGAAAAAGGAGAAAGAACUUGCAGCUUGGGAAGCAGACCUGAAAAGGAGGGAACGGGAGAUUAAACGUAGAGAAGAUGCUGUUGCCACCGCUGGCGUCCCUUCAGAUGACAAAAACUGGCCUCCCUUUUUUCCAAUUAUUCAUCAUGAUAUAGCAAAUGAAAUACCACCCAAUGCUCAGAGGUUGCAGUAUUUGGCUUUUGCAAGCUGGUUAGGUAUUGUUCUUUGCCUUGUGUUUAACAUUGUCGCGGUGAUAGUUUGUUGGAUAAAGGGUGGUGGUGUCAAAAUAUUUUUCCUGGCAACAAUAUAUGCACUACUUGGAUGCCCACUUUCAUAUUUUCUGUGGUACAGGCCUCUCUAUCGUGCAAUGAGGUAA